GCCGAGUUUCCAGCGAAAGCCCCACCGUAUAGUCUGCCACAGUGAACCUGAAAAUGGACUCGAUUAAAUCAAAUCCUGCAAAACAAGGUUUAGCGAGCUCUGAAUUUGGAUCUGAAAGAACACUAUAUCCAUAUGUCACCGGUACGUCGGUUAUAGGUAUCAAAUACAAGGAUGGAAUUCUUAUGGCUGCUGAUAUGGGAGGUUCCUAUGGAUCUACUUUGCGUUACAAGAGUGUGGAGCGAAUAAAACUGAUUGGAAAACAUUCUCUUCUUGGUGCAAGUGGAGAGAUAAGUGAUUUCCAGGAGAUUUUACGUUAUCUUGAUGAACUUAUCUUAAAUGAUAAUAUGUGGGAUGAUGGGAACUCUUUGGGGCCCAAAGAGGUUCACAACUAUUUGACCCGGGUUAUGUAUAAUCGGCGCAACAAAUUUAAUCCUCUCUGGAACUCACUUGUACUCGGUGGAGUGAAAAAUGGACAGAAGUAUCUUGGAAUGGUUAGCAUGAUUGGUGUUCAUUUUGAAGACAAUCAUAUAGCAACUGGUUUUGGAAAUCACCUUGCACGGCCAAUUCUUCGUGAUGAGUGGCAUGAAAACAUUAGUUUCGAAGAUGGAGUUAAACUACUGGAGAAGUGUAUGCGUGUGCUUUUAUACCGUGAUAGAUCAGCUAUCAACAAGCUUCAGAUUGCAAAGAUUACAGAAGCAGGGGUUUUUAUUUCUCAGCCUUAUGCAUUGAAGACUUUUUGGGGGUUCUCUGCUUUUGAAAACCCCACAAAGGGUGCUGAAGGAUCAUGGUAGCCAGCUUUUUAUAUCGUUUCUUGACAUCUCGAUUCCGCGAUGUAUGUGUAGAAACCUAAUGACUGUUGUUGAAGAUUGUAUGUCUUGCUGGUUCCUUGGUUUGAGAUGAUAGAUUUCUUUUUUUCCUGUAUGUUUUGAGUUAAUUAUGGCAUGGUUUUGAAGUUCUUUUC